AUGACCUCCCUCGAGCAGCACACAGAAUACGACCCUCAUUGGACUGUUAUUGGAGGUGUUAAAACAACACGGGUGCCUCUUUACAAACAGUGCCCGUCAAUGAAGAUCGGUCGAGAUAAGCCGCCCAUUCCGAUAGCUAUUCAGUGUUCUUCGAUCGCCGAGGCCAACUCAGUAUACAUGUCUCUUUCUGCUGUGAUUGAUCCUCUCAGGAGAACGCCGUCUUCGCAGAACCUCAUAGCUGCUGUCUAUCAGGCGCAGUCUGUGCUGAUAUUGCUCGGCAAUCGUGUUCGAUUCUACCCUGUCGUAGUCGGAUCGCGAGUCGGUAUAUUCAUUUCCGAAUCCGAUGCAGUCCAUUCGAUGAGGGGUAUGAAAUACCCAAUAGGAGCAUCGACGUGCACGCUUCGUCAAGCGUUGGCGUACAUGUUCGCGAAGGGCAUUGAGGCCUUCAUUCCCUCUGACGAGAACAUUCUGGGAAACAUUAUUCCGUUGGACAUUGGAGACACGGCGCAACAGCUCAACGCCCUUAGUAUCGGCUCCGGCCCUCCAUCCCGGAGUGACGUAGAGAAUUCGCAGGACGGAGCGAGCUCCAGCGUGGAGCAUCCUAUGUCGCAACCGAGCUCGACUCAAUCUUAUGGAAGCUCAGACGGCGGUGACCUCGACGUUGAACGAUUCUCGCCCUCUCCCAGAGAGAGCCUCGAAUUACCCGAUGACGAUACCACUCCCCUCGUGUACACUCACAUUCGUAACCUCCGUGGCAUCACCGGGACGGCUAACCAACCACUACCGGACAGCAGGGUCGCUCGCGAGCUGCGUUCAUCCCUUGGAAAGUAUGCCAAUUAUUUCCUUCAUUCGCAAGGGUUUGAGCUUCGCGCGAUCAAGAUCAUCUGCCGCGAGUUCAGAGAGAUGGUGGAGGCUAGCGCUGCGUCUGAUGCACGUACCAGAGCACACGUCCCAGGCGAGGCGUCGGGGAGAAACAACGUAGAUAAAGCCAACGUGUUUUCCAUGCGCAUGGCUAGGUAUGGAAUGCCUAUUGCUGAAGGCCGAUUCCUACACUACAUGAUCUCUCUCGGUGUCCCGGCUGCUAAUUAA